GCCGCUGUGUUUGGAGGUCUCGGGUCGGGCUGCCGUCGCCACACGCGCUCUCCGCGGCUCGAGCUCGGCUGCCGUCUCUCGGGAUGGAGCAUAUCCGGACCCCGCGGGUGAAUCAGGUGAAAUUGCUGGACCGUUUCAGUAGUAACAAGUCAAUUACUGGAACAUUGUAUUUGACUGCAACACAUCUAAUAUAUAGGGAAUUGGAUAAGGAAAAUCCAAAGGAAAUUUGGAUAAUUCAUCACCAUAUUGCUGUAGUGGAAAAGCUUUCUCUAACUACAGUUGGAUGUCCUCUGGCCAUCCAGUGCAAGAAUUUUAGGGUUGUUCACUUCAUCAUUCCAAGAGAAAGGGACUGUCAUGACAUCUACAACUCUCUGCUCAAGCUCUCACGACCAGUGAGUUUUGAUGACCUGUGUGCAUUUUCAUACAACCCUAAGCAAACUGAACAAAAAAGGGUAAUGGGUUGGAAUCUUAUAAACCUAAAUGAUGAAUAUCAACGUAUGGGAGUUCCAAAUAACAUCUGGCAAUUAACUGAUGUAAACCGAAACUACAAGAUUUGUGAUACAUACCCAACAGAUCUAUAUGUUCCCAUAAGUGCCAGCAAACCCAUUAUUGUUGGCAGUUCAAAGUUCAGGAGCAAAGGAAGAUUCCCGACCUUGUCUUAUUUUUUUCAACAAAACCAGGCAGCCAUAUGUAGAUGUAGUCAGCCGCUUUCGGGCUUUAGUGCCAGAUGUCUGGAAGAUGAGCACAUGCUGCAAGCUAUAAGUAAAGCCAAUCCCAACAGUCGCUUCAUGUAUGUCAUGGAUACCAGGCCAAAACUAAAUGCCAUGGCAAACCGAGCUGCCGGCAAAGGAUAUGAAAAUGAAGAUAAUUAUUCCAAUAUUAGGUUCCAGUUUGUUGGGAUUGAAAACAUCCAUGUAAUGAGAGCUAGCUUACAGAAAGUUGUGGAAGUGUGUGGAUCCAAAGCUUUAUCUGUCAACGACUUUCUCUGUGGCUUGGAGAGUUCCGGAUGGCUUCGCCACAUAAGAGCUGUGUUGGACGCUGCAUCUCUUCUUGCAAAAGCAGUGGGACAAGAAGGUGCCAGUGUCUUGGUGCAUUGCUCUGAUGGUUGGGAUCGUACAGCACAAGUGUGUUCCUUGGGUUCUCUGCUGUUGGAUCCGUACUAUAGGACAAUGAAAGGAUUUAUGGUUUUGAUAGAAAAAGACUGGAUUUCAUUUGGCCACAAGUUUACUGACAGAUGUGGUCAGCUAGAUGGGGACCCCAAAGAAAUAUCACCUGUGUUUACGCAAUUUAUCGAAUGCGUUUGGCAUCUGACUGAACAGUUUCCUCGUGCUUUUGAGUAUAGUGAAGUUUAUUUACUUGAGAUCCAUGAGCACGUUCAUUCCUGUCAGUUCGGGAACUUCAUUGGAAACUGCCAAAAAGAACGGGAAGAAAUGAGUAUUAAACAAAAGACCCACUCCCUGUGGCCAUACCUUUUGGAAAAUCAACACAAGUAUCUGAAUCCUCUCUAUGAUUCUAAUCUUUCCUGCACUCAAGAAAUACUGGAACCAAGCGGCGUCUCUUUCAACUUUAAGUUUUGGCGCAGUAUGUAUCAUCAGUUUGACCAUGCAAUGCAUCCGAGACAAUCAAGACUCAAUCUGGUGUGUUCUCUCAGUGAACAGAAUAACCAACUGGAGAAAGAAAUCCAAAAACUGAGAGAGAAAAUAAUAAAACUAGGUCAAGAACCAGAGACGAUCCAUGAUAUCCCCAAGGAAUCUUUUCAUCCCGUGAGCCGAUUAUCACAGGCGCUUAAGGCAGCUGAGAAUGUGUCUCGUGAGGGGCAGCAGCCAACUGUGCAAAAGAAGCUGAUUAGAACAGAAGAGAGUGGUACCAACCCUGGAGAGGGCUGCAAAGAACUCAAAGCUGCUUUCUCUAAAGCUGAGCCCACGAUAGUCAGCUUGGAGCUUGGAAUGGCCAAGAUGACCUGCUAGGUCCGAAUUACAAAUUGAAUGAUGUGUUUAUCACAGGAGAAAUGUUUGCUGAAGUCGUGAAGAGCCUGAUAAUUAAGUAUUCAGUAGAAUAGAGUUGCACAGCUUUCACCUAGCCAGUCGGUUGGCAUUGGAUCAUUUGAUUUGUUGCCAGAGGUCUGGUGUUGCACUGCAGAUUGGAUUUGGUUCUCAUUACCUUAACUUAACUCAAGUAGUCAUUAAACACAUUGAUACUAAAUGUAGUACUUCAGAAAUUCCAUUCUAAGGAGUUGUGAUAUUCUUGAUCUAAACCACUUAAGUUGCACUAUUGCAAAAAUUUGUACGAUAGUAUAUAUAUAUUGAUUCAUUAGAUCUUGCACAAUAAGUUUGACCUAUUGCUGUGGACUGACUGCCCUGAAAUAUCAGGUUCUGGACAGCCCGCGCCCCAGAAGUAAGGCGUUGCAAGCUUUAACUCAGCCCAUUUGGCUUGACUGUAAAUGUAUCUGUCAUAAUUGCGCUUUGCAGACACAAAAAUCUAAAAUGAGUUAUUGCAUAAGAUGCACUUGAUUUAGUAUAUAAUCAUGUGAAACUUAUUUAAUUGUGCAACAAUACUGUUGGAACGUUUCUGGUGUUGUAGGCCCAAACAAAUUAGCUGCUAAUUGCCCUAGUUAUAGGAAGAACUUUUUUCACCAAAUGUGUGCUUGAAAUGGAGCAAAUUCAGCAUGAAAACGCUGGUUUACUGUGGCCAAAUUACAUCCCAGUUUGACUACCUACAACAAGCCAACCGAGGCAGAUGGCCUGAAUCAGUCUUGGUUCCAGGAAAUGGCACUGGAGCCCUUAUUGUAGCAAGGAUGUUUCUCACAGCUGUAAGACCAGUUAGCAUGGGGAAACACAUGUCCAUUUUAAACAUGGAGCCUCUGAAAUUCGGGUUUGAAAGGAUAGGUCCAAAGGUCUGUAAUUCAGUAAAAAUGAUUUAAUCCUCAGAAAAUAUUGCUUUAAAGUUCACUGUUUUAUAUUGGAUCUCCCCCCUUCUCAUGGAGAUAGAAAAUGUGAGCACUGAAACUGAGAUUAACUAUAAAGGGAAUUUAAUCAAAAUGUUUUAAUAUAGGUUUUCAGUUUUGAUUUAGAUAUGUAUAUAUCCUGAUCUGGGGGAGGAGAAGAGGCAAUCUGCUCUCAGUGUUGUUGUGUAACUGGAUCCUGGGAGGUAUUUGAUUAAUUACAAAAUUGCCUCUCCCAUGCACCUGUCUGGGAUGAAUGAAAUGGGUCACCUGCUAGGUGAAAAAAUGGGUAGAAUAAUUUAUGCCCUAUGUGGUGCACUGCACCAUCAAACUGACUGCAAUAUAACUGCAUUCACAAUGUCUGACAUCAAACUGAUUGCACUAUAACUGCAUUCACAAUGUCUGACUAGGAAAUCAUAAUGAGCUUGCAACAGUUUGGAUUUUGGUGUCCCUGAGCCUUAACAGUCCCAGGCGACAGUUAUAACUGAACCCCUUCUUUCUCCCCCCUCCCCCAAUGGCCACAUUCUGAUAGUGUUUGUGACAUGGAUUUUGUGUAUUCAAUAUUAAUAUCCUAUUUAGAGUGAAUUGAGUAGAUGUAGUUGUGUGUGAAUGAUAAUCCCAGAAUAGGUUAGUUGCUCUUUGUCUUCUGUCCGACAUGAUGCUAGUGCCCAUUAUUAAAGAAAUUCUGUAUACAUAAGGGUAUUUUACUGUGUCAGUAAAGGGUAAACUGAAAGAAUUUAUGCCUUGGUACUGUAGCUAUAACGCAGAAAUGAGGAGAGCACUUGUGGAUGGAACAACUUUGUUCCAUAUUAAAGGGGAAAUCUUUAUCCUGGUCUAAACAUAUCAAAUUCACCACAUUCUAGAUAAUUUUGUCCCACCUGUACCACUUAACAUUCUUGAAUAUAAAACAACUAACUGCGAAAACAUUUCAUUCAUUCCUGGUGUUGCGUACAUUUUGACCUUUGGCUCUAUGCAUGGUUUUGUUUCCUGUGUGCAAAUUAUAUUCUAGAGUGAGACAGUUUCUUUUGCAGCUGUACUCGUAGCUGAGUAGGCAGGAGGAGUGAAAACAAUUAGCAGUAUGAUAUAUCUAGGUAAUUGCAUCUAAGGUGCUUUGUAAAGGAGUUUUAGCUGUACACUGCAUCAUAAGUAAUAAUCAGUGAUCCUUGCAUUUGAUAUAGCGCCUUAUCAUGUCUUCGAAACAUCUUAA